AUGGAUUUUAGACGACCAACUAGAUACAAUUAUAGAAGAAGAAGAAAUCUUUCUUUAUAUAGAUAUAGACAAUCAAAAGCUUUCUUAUCAAGUAUCAAGAAGGACAUUCUUAAAUGUAACUUCCCUACUAAGGUAAAAUUAAUUAAAUUGAAUGAAAAGAAGACGAUGUAUUUGACAGAUGAACAUCCAAAUUAUGCAAUUAGUGCUGCUACUGGAAGUUCACUCCCUCUAUUUCCAACUAAAUCAAGUAAUAUUCUAUCAUUUAUGCAUAAAGGAAAUGCUCUUGAUGGUGGUAGUAAUCAAGUGUAUUUUAGAUUUGGAGAUUGGGAUACUAUAAGGAUUCUAAGAGUUAUUAUUAAGGUUCAACCAAUUACAAAUAUGUUUGCAGGAAAUCAGAAUAUCAUCCAAACAGUAAAUUGUUUCUAUUCGAUGAAUAAUGCAGUUGAAACACCAAAUGCUUUAUAUCAAAUUCAACCAAGUUAUGAUAAUUCACUUCUAAACUAUAAACAGAAAUUUACCUUUAAUAAUAAUGAAUCAUUUACAUUAGUAAUAGAGAAACCACAAACUAUGAGUACUGACUCUCCAGUAGUUCAUUCAUAUAAAACUACAUGGUCAUUAAGUGAUCAAACAACAUUUGCAUUGAAUGACGGUAAUUGGCAAACUCAAAGAGAAGAUAAUCAAGAUGAUUCAGAAAAUGAAGGAGAAUGUGAAUAUCUUCAUGAUAAAUUAGGUAUUAUUAAUAGUCCAUUAUAUGAUGCAGGUGUAGCACCAGCUAUUCAUUGUGGUAGACUUUAUUUUAAACCAAGUGGGGAUUGUGCAUUUAAUAUCACAAUUAACUACAAGGUAGCAUUAAAAGGUUAA